GGCGCGCGCUGGGGGGGCGUGACCUUCAGGAGACGCCGGAAGUGGAGCGCGCGCUCCGCGUCCGUUUCCGGGAACACUGUUCCUGAUCCCCUUGCGGGGCACCCUCAGAAACCUCCAGCUGAAGCUCCAACAGAAGCCAGGCAUGAUGGCAGUGGACACAAGAAAGUUUGCUGGCCCUCUGUUCCAAGCCCCAUGGGGUCAACAGGGGCCUGUGAUGGCGAAAGUGAAGUUGGAGGAGGACCACCCCAGGAAUCAGGGUCUCAGCCUUCCAGGGAACCAGCCUCCUACCUGGGAGAUCUUCAGGCAGCAGUUUAGACACUUCUGUUACCAGGAUUCUCCUGGACCCCGUCUGGCCCUGAGCCGGCUCCAGGAGCUCUGCCAUCACUGGCUCCGACCAGAGACACAUACCAAGGAGCAGAUACUAGACCUGCUGGUGCUGGAGCAGUUCCUGUCCAUUCUGCCUCCAGAGCUCCAGGCCUGGAUGCAGGAACAUCAUCCAGAGAGUGGGGAGGAGGCAGUGACCUUGCUGGAGAACCUGGAACGAAAGAGAAAUGUUUCAGCUUGUGCUCUGGAACAGAAGAUCUUUUUGCAGACAGUGACCCUUCAGACACUAGACGAAGAAUCUUCAUAUACCCAAGUUCAACCCUCAGUGAUGCAUUUCAAGGGUGAAGGACCUAGGCCCCAACCGUCAGAGGAAAGAGAUGGUGGUGUGAGGACUGAGCACUUGACAUUAGAAGUGAAACAGGAACCUUGUGAAGAAACAGAACCAUGUAGGGAGGGGUCUGAUGGACAUCAUGAAACUGUGUCUCAGCAUGCCACAUACAGAGGAGACAGUGAGCCUAGUGGAAGCUUGGAAAUGCAGGAUGGGGAUGCCACAGGUGAAAAGACAUAUAAAUGUGGGAAAACCUUCACCUCGACAAGAGGCCCUCAGAUGCAUAAGAGGAUCCACACUGGAGGAAAACCACACCCAUAUACCGAAUGUGGAAAGGCCUGUAUCAGACAUGUGGAAUUUGACCAACAUCUGGAGCUUCACAACAAGGAAACGCCUUAUCAAUGUAAAGAGUGUGGCAAGGACUUCAGUCAGAAAGCAGAACUCUUAGAACAUCUCAAAAUCCACACUGGAGAAAAGCCCCAUCAAUGUAAUAAGUGUGGCAGAUGUUUUAGUCGUAGAUUGGUUCUUAAAAGGCAUCAAAAUCACCACACUGAAAAGAAACUUUUCGAAUGUAUAUACUGUGGGAAAGCCUUCUGCCAUAGUGCAGACCUCACUGAACAUAAGCAAUUCCACAACAAGGAGAAGCCCUAUGAAUGUAGUGAGUGUGGGAAAACCUUCAGGCAGCGUUCAAAUCUUACUGAGCAUCAGCGAAUUCACAGUAAAGAAAAACUCUAUGAAUGUAAAGUUUGUGGAAAAGCCUUCACUCAGUAUGCAGGGCUUAACCAACACCGAAGAAUCCACACUGGAGAGAAACCUUUUGAAUGUCCUGUAUGUGGACGAGCCUUUAGCCGAAGCUCAGAACUUAUAAUACAUCACAGAAUUCACUCAGGGGAAAGACCCUAUGAAUGUGCUGAGUGUGGAAAAACCUUUAGAGUAAAUUCAACCCUGAUCAUACAUCAGAGAAGUCACACUGGGGAGAAGCCCUAUAAAUGUGAUGAGUGUGGUGAAGCCUUCAGUCAACACUCAGGCCUUAAUAAACACAAGUUAGGAAGGAAGCACGGAAACCCUCCUAAACCAAGAAAAUAUACGUGUGAUGAGUGUGGGAAGACCUUUACACAGUUAACUGGCCUGAAGAACCACAAAAGAAUCCACACUGGGGAUAAGACCUACCAAUGUCCUGAGUGUGGCAAGGCCUUCACAAGGGGAGAGCAUCUUAUUGAACAUCGAGGGAUUCACAGCAAGGAGAAGCCUUAUCAAUGUAAAGAGUGUGGCAAAGCCUUCAGUCAGAAGACAGGUCUUAGUCAUCAUCUCAAAAUCCACACAGGAAUGAAACCUUUUGAAUGUUCUGAAUGUGGGCGAGCCUUCAGCUGUAAGUCAAAUCUCAAUAAACAUAAGAGAGUCCAUUCUGAGAAAAAAUCCUAUACGUGUAUGUAAAGAGUAUAGGAAGACCUAUAGGCAAAGAGCAACGCUGAUGCAACAUCAGAAAGGCCACAUCCUGCUAAGCACAAGCAGUGGGGUGAAUGAGAUGAAGCUUGCAGUGGAAGCUCAGCCCUGAUGAAGCACCAGAGGAUCCACUAAAAUGACUCCUUGCCAAGGUGUUGGGUGAUAAUUUCAAGUAGAAUCCAGAAUUUUCUAUAAGAUAAAAUGUUUCUUGAAUUUCAUUAUUUAAAGAACGUCAAAGAUACCACAUUGAAAAUUCGUUAUAAAGGUCAUAAAUGCUAUGAAAGUUGAGAAUUUGGGAAAAUAAACAUCAACAAGAAAUUUA